AUGACAACUAACGAACAGGUGGGAAUCAUAAGAUCUCUUGUCAGCGAGACGGAUUUCGAAAUCAUCAAGGAUCAAGAAAAAUUACAAGAGUCGCACAUCAAUCUGAAAGGGUGGAGGAAAUGGCUAAGCAAAUUAGAAGUGCCACACAGCGAAGAAGAACCGAUUUCCGUGUUGAGAAAUCCAGACUUACAACCGGUCAAACCGAACAUGAGAAUCUGGGGAUUUUGGUCAUAUUUUGCUUACUGGGGUCUUCCUAACUUCGCUGUGGCUACAUUUUCAACGGGCUCUGCUUUACUUGCGCUGAAUUUGAAUAUCCAACAAUCAAUUGGCGCUAUAGUUAUUGCAAAUGUUCUUAUUGGUGUUUUUACUAUUUUAAACUCUAACCCGGGAAUCAAGUAUCACAUUGGGUACACCUUGGAUCAAAGAAUGAUUUUUGGUAUUUAUGGAUCAUUUGUGGGGAUAAUUUUUAGAGUGGGACUCUCGGUGGUUUUGUAUGCUUAUAUGGCUUGGUUAGGUGGACUCUGUAUUAAUAUGAUCUUCAGUUCCUUUUCCUCAAAUUACCUUAAUUUGGAAAAUACGUUCCCAGAGUCAGUGCCAAUGGCAAGAAAAGAUCUGAUCGGUUUCCUUUGCUUUCAAAUAGUACAGAUGCCUUUCGCCUUUGUCAAGCCAAUAAGGGUAAAUAUACCCUCUAUUGUUACUUGUUUUAUGACUCUUUUUUCCGUUAUUGGCCUAAUGGCAUAUUUGCUCAGCACAAAUGGGGGCCCGGGUCCAUUGUAUUACGAAAAGGUUACACUCUCUUCUAAUGAUAGAUCAUGGAUGUGGUUAUAUGCGAUCACAAUCUGGUAUAGUGGAGUGUCCCCAGCAGUUGCGAAUCAGUCAGAUUACUCUCGUUUUGCUAAAAGUGAAAAAAGUUGCUACUGGGGACUUUUCCUGGGUACAGUAUUGCCUGGAACGUUCGUUUCUUUGGCUGGUAUGUUCUGUGCUUCUGCCUGUCAACAGCUGUAUGGUGAACCAUUCUGGACACCAGAUCAAAUCGUUGAUCAAUGGCUAAGGACAAAUUACUCUUCUAAGGCGCGGGCCGCAGCAUUUUUUAUUGGAAUUAGUUUCACGGGUUCUCAACUGUUCCUAAACCUCACACAAAACGGUUACUCUUGUGGAAUGGAUCUUGCAGGAAUUUUGCCAAAAUACUUGAAUAUAACAAGGGGUACUCUAUUUGUUCAACUAAUUUCCUGGGUCGUCCAGCCCUGGACAUUUUUCAACACUUCCUCGUCCUUUUUAAAUGCUAUGAGUUCCUUUGGGGUAUUCACCACUCCAAUUGCCGUUAUUAACAUCAUUGAGUACUACAUUGUUCGGAGAUCAAAAAUCACGCUGCUCGAUUUCUUUACGCUAUCUGAAAAGGGUGCGUAUUGGUACGAUCACGGAAUCAAUUGGAGAUCUUUGGUUAGUUUACUCGCAGGCGUUGCACUUGGUAUUCCCGGGUUGGUAUAUCAGGUCCAUGUCGAAAUACAACCCAACGCUGGCAUGUUAAAUUUUUACUAUGGAUAUUUAUUCUUUAUUCCUCUGGUUUCAGGUGGUCUUUACUAUAUUUUUGUACUAUUAUUCCCAGUGCACCAUGAAAAACUGCGUACGGAAGAUUUGAUCGAUUAUUUCGACUGUUUCUCUAAGGCAGAGUUGGAUAGAAUGGGAAUGUUGCCCUUCACAAAAGAGGAACAAACUUUUGAUAUAAUUGACGCCCAUGUUGAUGGCGAAAGUAGUGAACAGUCUGGCUACGGCCACAAAGGCAAAACUUCUGUCAAAGAAGGCGCUGAUAUUAUAGAAUAA